CUCACUCUUAUCCCAGUUUCUCCCAGCUCCCCCGUAACUCGGCAUCCCCAUCCUCCCCUCUCCCCAGGACCUCACCUCCCCAUUAACCCCCCCACCUUCUCCCAGCACCCCAGCUCCUCCGUAACUCCCCGUCCCGGCUCCCCGACACCGGGGCUCCCCCGGGACCACCACCAUGGCCUUCAUGGUGAAGAGCAUGGUGGGGGGGCAGCUGAAGAACCUGACGGGGGGCCUGGGGGGCGAGGAGAAGAGCGAGGGGGAGAAGUCUCCAGCCGAGGCACAGGGAAUGACCCGUGAGGAGUACGAGGAAUAUCAGCGGCAGCUGGUGGAGGAGAACAACCCCCUCCUGACCUUCUCCCGGGCCCCGUUUCAGAACGAAACGGAUGACAACCAGAUCCAGCUGGUGGGAGGUGACGUGGAGCUGCCCAAGGAGCUGGCCAAGAUGAUCGAGCAAGACAACGAGGAAGAGGAGGAGAAGAACUCGGUCAUCGGCCAGCUCAGCAACAUCCAGAACCUGGACCUUGAUUCCUUGAAGGACAAAGCUUCGGCCACGCUAGAGGACCUGAAGCAAUCGGCUGAGAAAUGCGCCGUGAUGUGACCCCCCCCCAAGCCUGGA